AUGGCCUCGGAAGUGGAAGUAGACUGGGGCUUAGAGGCAAAUUUGCAGUACCAAAGAAUUACUUCUAAGGUACAACAUUUCCAUGUAAUGAAAUCUCCUCCUGGAUCGCCUCCAAAAGAACGUAAAACAAACUUUGAUGAUUCAGAUGACGAACCUGAUUUAACUGCGGCUGAGAAAUCGUUGAUGAAAAAGAUUCUAAGAACGCACCUCCUCGUCACGACGAACGAAGUUGAAAUCGAAAGGCGAAGAGAAGGUUCUCCUUUGUAUUCGGUGAAGUCGUUUGAACAGCUCAACUUACCUCCUGAACUGCUGCGCGGAGUGUACGCUAUGGGUUUCAAUUAUCCUUCGAAGAUUCAGGAAACUAGCUUACCAACCCUGCUUGCCAACCCUCCUGUGAACAUGAUAGCUCAGUCUCAGAACGGUACUGGCAAGACAGCUGCUUUCGUUCUGGCUUCUUUGAGUAGAGUCAAGGAAAACGAAGAUUUCCCCCAAGUUCUGAUCUUGGCUCCAACAUACGAACUUGCCUUACAGAUAGGAGAAGUUGCUAAAAAAAUGGCCCAAUUCUGCAACCGAAUUCGCUUUAGGUAUGUGGUCAAGGGAGAGAGUUUCGAACGAGGGCAUAUUAUAACUGAACAGGUCCUGAUUGGAACUCCGGGCAAGGUUUUCGAUUGGUCCAGGCGUCGUUUUUUCGAUAUAAGCGCGAUUCGCGUGUUUGUGUUGGACGAGGCGGAUGUGAUGAUUUCUACUCAAGGACAUCAAGAUCAGUGCAUCCGAAUUCAUAAGAUGCUGUCGCCUGACUGUCAGAUGCUGUUCUUUUCCGCCACGUAUACGACUGACGUCAUGGAAUUCGCCGAAUUUAUCGUCAAUGAUCCCAUAACCAUCCGUCUACGGAAAGAGGAAGAAUCUCUGGACAACGUAAAACAGUACUAUAUCAGUUGCAAAACAGAGCACGACAAAUAUCGUUACGUGUCCAACAUUUAUGGCGCAGUUUCCAUUGGCCAAGCCAUCAUAUUUUGUCGCAAGAAAGUCACUGCCUGUUGGCUUGGUGAAAAGCUCCGACAAGAUGGACAUUCCGUCGCAUAUCUCUCAAGUGAUUUGGAUGUAUCCCAGAGAAUAGCAGUUCUGACUAGUUUUCGUGAUGGAAAUGAAAAAGUUUUAAUCACGACGAACGUAUGUGCCCGUGGCAUCGACAUAGAGCAAGUGAGCCUCGUCGUCAACUUCGACUUGCCAGUCAAACUGGACGGCCAGGCGGACUUCGAGAACUACCUGCACCGGAUCGGACGCAGCGGCCGCUUCGGCAAGUGCGGCAUCGCCGUCAACAUGGUCGUCGACGAGAAGGACGAGCAGUUGCUGAAAGACAUCGAAUGGCAUUUCGACAAGAAGAUCGAUUUGGUCGACGCAGACGACGUUGACGACCUCGAAGGAAUGGACCGAUGA